UUUUGUGACGGGGCUAACCAUUGUCUGCCUGCAGGUCCAUUGUUUCACAAGGGGUGGUACCAUCUGUUCUACCAAUACAAUCCUGAUUCAGCUGUGUGGGGCAACAUUACAUGGGGCCAUGCCGUAUCACCGGACCUUAUUCAUUGGCUUUACCUGCCGUUCGCCAUGGUCCCUGAUCACUGGUACGAUAUAAAUGGCGUGUGGACCGGGUCUGCCACGCUUCUUCCUGAUGGUCAGAUCAUGAUGCUCUAUACUGGGUCAACUAACGAGUCAGUACAGGUCCAAAAUCUCGCGUACCCUGCUAAUCUAUCCGAUCCUCUCCUUAUUGAUUGGGUUAAGUAUCCAAAAAACCCGGUUAUAACCCCACCAAACGGGACCGAGACUGACGAAUUUAGGGACCCGACAACAGCAUGGAUGGGACCCGAUAGGACAUGGCGGAUCACAAUCGGAUCAAGACAUAACAAAAGCAUUGGCAUUUCGCUUGUGUACCAAACCUCCAAUUUUACAACCUACGAGUUAUUGGAAGGGGUCUUGCAUGCGGUUCCGGGUACGGGUAUGUGGGAAUGUGUGGAUUUUUACCCGGUUGCAAUAAACGGGUCAACUGGAUUGGAUACUUCGGCUCAGGGAGCGGGUAUCAAACACGUGCUAAAGGCUAGUUUGGAUGACACAAAAAGGGACCACUAUGCAAUUGGGGUUUAUGACCCUGUAACCGAUAAAUGGACCCCGGAUAAUCCGAAGGAGGAUGUGGGCAUUGGGUUGCAGGUGGAUUAUGGAAGGUAUUAUGCAUCAAAAUCGUUUUAUGACCAAAACAAGCAAAGGAGGAUCUUAUGGGGCUGGAUUAAUGAAACUGAUACUGAAACUGAUGAUCUUGCCAAGGGAUGGGCCUCUGUUCAGACUAUUCCAAGGAACGUGUUGUAUGAUAACAAGACUGGAACUAAUAUACUUCAAUGGCCGGUGGAAGAGAUUGAGAGCUUGAGGCUGAGGAGCACAGAUUUUACAGAGAUUGUGGUUGGACCUGGUUCGGUUGUGCCACUUGACAUUGGACAGGCCACACAGCUAGACAUAUUCGCCGAGUUUGAAAUAGAGAUAAUAUCAGAGACAAAACAUGAAAAAUAUGGUUGCAGUGGUGGUGCUGUGGACAGGAGUGCUUUGGGACCAUUUGGUCUUCUAGUCAUAGCAGACCAAACACUUUCAGAGCUUACCCCUGUAUUUUUCCGGCCAGUUAAUACAACUGAGGGCAUUGUCGAAACUUAUUUCUGUGCUGAUGAAACAAGGUCAUCAAAAGCUUCAGAUGUUUACAAACAAGUUUAUGGAAGCACAGUUCCUGUGUUUACAGACGAAAAGUUUCAAAUGAGGGUAUUGGUUGAUCAUUCAAUUGUGGAGAGUUUUGCUCAAGGAGGAAGAAGAGUGAUAACAUCAAGAAUUUAUCCAACAAAAGCAAUUUACGGGGAUGCAAGGCUGUUCUUGUUCAACAAUGCAACUGGGGUGAACGUGAAGGCCACACUCAAGAUUUGGGAAUUGAAUUCUGCAUUUAUUCAUCCUUUCCUAUUUGACCAAAAUUAGAAUGGAUUGCUCUCAGUUCCAUUAAGCCUAUUGUAUUAUAUUCUUUUAUUGUUUCAUUUGGUUGUAAAAAAAUGUGAAAACCUUGAGGCAACCACUUGAGAUUUUUUUGUCCAUGUAAUUUAAUCCCUUGGUUUUGUAGUUUGCACAAGCUGGAUUUCUUCCUGGAAUAAACUCAUAAUUUUGAAAUUCUGUUCCU